AACUAGAGGAUAGAGGUGUCCGUUAACCGCCUGAGGCUGAGUCGCUGAGGUGACUGAGCUCGCUGAAAUACACGUGUAAUACACUUUUGGCACGUAAAUUAUGGACAGUAAGCUCCACCCCGGCGUGCACGAAGAACUGCUCUUUCAUUAGUAGUCACGAACUGACAUCAUGGCUCUCCAAAUGCUGGUACAAGAGUUCUUGCAAAUCCCGGUAGUGACGCGAACAUAUACUACAGCAUGUAUUCUGACGACAGUCGCAGUGCAACUUGACAUAAUCUCACCCUUCCAACUGUACUUCAACCCAACAUUAAUUACAAAGCAUUACCAGCUAUGGAGACUGAUGACAACAUUCCUGUUUUUUGGAACUUUUGGUUUCGCUUUCUUCUUCAACAUGCUGUUCACAGUCCGCUAUUGCCGAAUGCUUGAGGAAGGAUCUUUCAGGGGCAAAACAGCUGACUUUUUCUUCAUGUUUCUCUUUGGUGGAUCACUCAUGAUAAUCAUUGCAAUCUUUGUAAACCAGCUGUUUCUUGGUCACGCAUUCACCACAAUGUUGGUGUACAUCUGGAGUAGACGAAAUCCAUAUUUCAGGUUAAAUUUCUUUGGACUCAUCAACUUCCAAGCCCCGUAUCUUCCCUGGGUUCUUUUAGGUUUUUCUUUGUUGCUAGGCAACUCUGUGGUUGUGGACGUCAUAGGCGUGAUCGUUGGGCACAUCUAUUAUUUUCUGGAAGAUGUCUUCCCAAACCAAAGAGGUGGUUUUCGAGUACUCAAGACACCACGUGUAAUAAAAUACAUCUUUGAAGAAGUACCGUCGGAUCCAAACUACAAUCCACUUCCUGAAGAAAGACCAGGUGGCUUUGACUGGGGCAACAAUGAUAACAGGGGUGGCUAAAAGGGAGAUUUUAGUUAAAAAAAAAAAGUAUUUACAAAGGAAAGGAACCAUGAUUACCCCACCACUGACAGUAUGAAGUUUUUUGUUUAAAUAAAUAUUUGAUUUAAUA